UCUUCGCCCACUCCUCACUCUUUCAAAACUGGACUCUCUCUCUCUCUCUCUCUCUCUCUCUCUCUUAUAGAACACUACUGAGUCUACUGUCGUAAACAGUACCACUCUUGUCUUUCUCACAUCCGAGUUGCCCCAACCCCAUAGUUGUAAUCGUGGAGGGACAAAAGUAAUUGUUCUGGUUACCCUCUUUAACUCUUCCUUCUCAUCACAUUACCAAGGUGGCUUAAAAUAGGUAAAAAGUAAAGGCCUUUUUCCUUCCUUCUCUCAGCAAAACAUAGACCCUGCCAUGAACAGAAGUUUCAACAGAGGGAAUCCCUAUAUCUUGAUUGCGAUGAUUACACAAAAGCAGGUAUUGAUGAGAGAUAGGGUAGAGGAGGAGGAGGAGGAGGAGGACAAAGGAAGAUCAUCAGUCAGAGAUGAGAGAGAAAAGGAGGUGUAGGGAUGGGCCCUCCUCCAAAGCCUGCAACAGAAAUGAGUGGCACUGCACCAAGGAGUAAUACUACCUUGCCAUUGUGUCCUUGUUUUUAUUAGGGGAUUGAUUUUUGCACCUCUUAAAUUGUUAAUCUUAUUCUCAAGAAAGGUGCAAAAAUCAGUAUGAAGUUAAUUUUUUUACUCUUCAAAUUAAAUUGUAACUUCGAGGAAUACUAAAAUCAACAUGGAGCUGAGUUUGGCACUGUGAGGUGUGAUUAACAAUUUGGGAUGCCAAAAUUACUCCACUUUUAAUACUUGCCUUUCUGAAUCUACGUACAUGUCCUUGUUUUUACCAUUGUGUGGCUGUUCUUCUCUCUCUAUCUUCAAUUUAACUCAUGGGUCCAUAUAAUCAUCCCUCUACCUCCCUGCAAAGAGCCCCUUUUUUCUUGAGACUCUUUAUUGCUUUUAAUGGGUUCUCUGAACUGGGUUGUGCUUUAUUUACAAGACCCAUUUGUGUGUCUUUAAGAUCUUGUGCAUGGAGUGAGACAGAGAUAAAAGAGGCAGAGGUCAUGAUUCUUCAUGGGGGUCUGAAACUCUGAACUUCAGUUUCUUGGGCUUUGGGUUCUUGAAAAGAAUCCCAAAUCUUUUGCCCUUAUGAAGAAAAUGACCCACUUUUUGUAGUAUCGGCCUUUUCACCUUGUUCCUUUUGUUAAAGAAAGAAACACAGCCCCCUUUUUGCAAUGUUGGAGGAGAAAGGAAAACGAAUGCUUUCUUAAAUUUAUCAAGUUUGAAACUGCCUUUGUUUGCUUCUGGUUCUCUGAGAAAAACCACAUGUAAUUUGAAACUAUAUGAAAGCAAGCCACUCUUUCUUUUGAUGGUACCCCUCUUUUGAAUACUUGGAAGAUCCACCAAAAGUUUUGUUUGGCAAAAUCCAAGAAAUCUGCAUAAACCUUAUUGGUUGUACUCUUUUGGCUUGGUGGAGGAAGCUGCAGUUCAGACAUUGGUUUGUUGGUGGGUGAUAGAUAUCUCAUUUGCAAAUGAGUCAAGGUUGGUUACUUUGUCAUGUUUCCCUUUUGCUGUUUUCUAAUGUUAUUGAUUAAAAAAAACAUAUAUCUGUUAGUGCCCAUAACAAAAAAUGAUGUUUUAGACUCUCAUAUGUUGUUUUGUGAUAGUAUAUUUCUCAGCCUUAGUGGUGACAGUUGUGGGCAGGUGAGCCUCUCUCCCCAGAGUCCUUGUUCCUAUGUCCCCAAUGAACUCCCAUCCCAUAUUGUUGUGUUGUGAAUGCAUUGUUCUAUGGAGACAAAGGUUUUUGGGAACAAAGGAUCGUUGGCCCAAAUUAUUUUUCUUUCUCUCUUUCUGUGUCUUGUUAAGAAGAAUUUUCACUACGAUAUCCCCUACCCUUGGCCCAAGUUAUGAAUGACCUUUAUUUUUAUUGUUUUUUAUACGAAAGUAUAAAAAACACAUUUUCUAAUACGUUUUUAACACUUUUCAAGGUUCUUUAACACUAGAAAACUGUGUUUUUUUUUUUGCCAUGUUCGUGACUUAUUGACAGUCCAUUUUCUUGUGUAAUAAAGUCCUGUUUUUGAAUACCUGAUAAAAGAUGAAGAAGACCGACCGCAAUUAAUUGAGACAUUCGGGGUUUGGUUUGGGUUGCUAUGGUUUUGGAGCAAAAAUCUGUAGCAGUAGCAGUAGUAGUUGGUGCUCAAUAUGGCCUGCCAAAUGUAGCAGUAGCAGUAGUAGUUGGUGCUCAAUAUGGCCAAAAUUAUAUCUGUAGCAGUAGCAGUAGUAGCAGCAGCGAAAAUUAUAUCUGUAAUUUCAGCAGUAGCAAUAGUAGUUGGUGCUCAAUAUGGCCAAAAUUAUAUCUGUAGCAGUAGCAGUAGUAGUUGGUGCUCAACAUGGCCUGCCAAAUGUUCUAAUGCAGCGGCCAAAAUUGUUUUUGUAAUUUGAACUUUAAUCAGGUGCCUCUCACAAAAAAGAAGAAGCAGGUGGUAAGAAAGCGGAGGGUCCGGUCCAUGAAGUAAUAUAUCAACUAUAUGAUGCACCUUUAUGCAUGUGCUUGGCUAAUGGAGAUUGUGUUCACUUCCUUACCUACUUUCCCUGUGGAUUCUACUGCAUAGUAGCAUUUUCUCAAUAUAUUCAUCAAAUUCAUGUUGCCUUUUGAAUAUGUACUCCUGUCCCCUUCAAUUUUAUGCAAUUUGGGUGUUCUGCUCUUAGUUUUUUUUUUUUUUUUUUUGACAUGGGUUCUGCUCUUAGUGAAUAUGUACUCAUGUCCCCUUCAAUUUUAUGCAAUUUGGGUGUUCUGCUCUUAGUUUUUUAUUUUUGACAUGGGUUCUGCUCUUAGUUCAGUCAUUUGUCUGACAGGGACAAUUGAUAGUAUACCUGUUCCACGUUGGAUGCAUGUUAGCAGUUUUCUUGUCAUGUAUAGUUUCCAGCUGAAAGACACAGUAUUAUGCUACCAAUCUUGAUUCGCAAUUCUUAGCUAACAUUGUUGGUACUUUUGAUUUCAAUACAAGAUUUUUCUGACUUCAAAAGUGAGCUUGACAUGUGAAUGCAUGUGACUUCAAAAGUGAGCUUGAUAAAUUCAAUGCAAUGUAUGCAAGUUUCCUUCUUAGUUGCUCGCCAGUAGGCGCACGAUGAUUCAUGUCAUAUUACUUGUGGAGAACUUUCUUUAGAGUUGUUCUACUUGGACAUAUAUUAAUGUGUGGCUAUGAGAUAGCUUGAUACAUAUCGUUGGGCUCAUUUCCUAUCAUCUCAUUCUUUAUGGAUAAUUGGCAAUCCAAUGAUUCCAAUCGUGUAACUAUUCUGAUUCCAAGAGGUCUCGCUUUCAAAUCGUGUUGAGUCGCUAUCUCUGUCUUUGUGCACUUUGUUAGUCUGUGUUUGUUCAUCAUGUUCAACUGUCCCUGGAUGUCCAAGACGGGGUUGCAUGUGAGGGAGAAUGUUAGGUUGCUUGUUAUAGCUAUUGGGCUCAUUUAUUGGCAACUUGAGCCUUUGGAUUGUUGGUCCCAUUUUCUUUUGGUAUUAGCUUAGGCAUUUGAAAUGCUUGGUGAUCUGACAUAUGUGUUUACUAAUGCCAGUUUCCAGUUUGUGGUAGUUUUUCCUAACAUGCAACUGGCUUAAUAUUGUUUGACAGAUCUCCCAUAUACAUAGAGACUUGGCAAUGAUUUAGAGGUUACUCAUGCAUAAUGCACUUUGAUUCCCUAGCUUCAUCCUCUAACAUAACACAGGAUGAUGCAUUGAAUGUACAAUCAGAUAUGGGCGACCAGAACACUAUGUUGGAUGGAAUGUUCUCGCAUAUUACUUCGCUGUCCUCUGCUCAGUCCGGUGCACUCCACCAAAACAACCAAAGGCUAAUCAUGUCUGAAUUACCUGCACUUGCUAUGCUAGAAGGUGAACCCAUGAUAAAUUUUUAUGGUGGUUCCGACUCAUCAAUCCCCAUUUCGAAUCCUUCAUGUCCAGUCGAGAACACUCAGUUUCAGGAAGGACUCGUAAGUGGAAUUUCCGUUUCAUCAGAAUUUGGAAAUUCUGCACCUUCACCAUAUCCGCUGGAGAUUUUGAGAGCUACUAUGCCAAAUGACUUCUCUGCUGCACUAAAUUCUGCAUUCACAGCCUCAGUGAAUUAUGGAUAUGGUGAAAUGAUUGGUGGUACGAACAGUAAAUGGACUUCCGACAAGUUUCUUGACUGUCCAGAGCUUUAUGGAAAAGUCACUGGAAGAACUGGGAUUCCAUCCUUUCCAUUCAUGGGAAACACGGAUACUGAUGGGUGGAUUUCCUCAGAAAAUACAAGUAUGAGCCCCGCUAAUCCUUCUGGCUCCUCCAAUUUUAAUAAUGAGCUGUCCCUCAGUCUUGCCACGUGCCAGCCUUCUUUUAUUCAUGGAACAUGUAUUCAGGAUCAAUGCUCUGAAAUAAGCAGUAGCGGUGUUACGCACCGUUCUUUGAAUGGAAAACAGUUGGGUUCGGAAACAUCUUGCAAAAGUAAGAAUCUUUCCCUCAGUUUCAAUUCUUGUAGACCAGUCCAGCUUCAGCAGUUUUUCUCCAGUUCUGGAUACCUUCGUGUGAUUCAAGAAAUACUUUCGGAGAUUGCCAGUUAUUCACUUGAAAGUUUAGUUCACGAGAACUAUUCCACGAGUGGGAUCGAGGGUGGGGCAAAAUAUACUCUUUCUUCAAGUCGCCAUGCUGCUGACAGAGGCUAUGGUGCAAUCGGUUAUGAUGAUUUUUCUGAUGGAAAUGCUAGAUUUGAGGUUCAAAUGGGCCUUGUUGAAGCGAAGAAGAAGAAGUUGUUGGAUCUACUUGAAUUGGUUGACGAACGGUACAAUCAAUGCGUGGAUGAAAUUCAUACUGUAAUAUCUGCAUUCCAUGCUGCAACCGAGUUGGAUCCUCACAGACAUCCUCGUUUUGCUUUGCAAACAAUCUCGUCCUUGUACAAGAACCUGAGGGAGAGAAUUAGCUCCCAAAUCCUUAAAAUGGGAGCAUCUUGUAACAAAGGAAACAGUAGGGAAGAAGAUAGGACCUUUGAGACAUCCUUCAUCCAGAAGCGAUGGGCUCUCCAGCAGCUCCAAAGAAAAGACCAUCAAUUCUGGAGGCCCCAGAGGGGCUUGCCAGAAAGAUCUGUAUCUGUUUUACGGGCAUGGAUGUUUCAGAAUUUUCUUCACCCGUACCCUAAAGAUGCAGAGAAGCACUUGCUUGCAGUGAGAAGUGGAUUGACAAGGAGCCAGGUGUCCAAUUGGUUUAUAAACGCUCGAGUUCGUCUUUGGAAGCCAAUGAUAGAUGAGAUGUACGCAGAGAUGAACAGGAGAAAAGGUUGGAGGAAUGUUGAAGACACGGAUCACGGGAUCCAUGUAAACCACAUGAGCAUCAAACCUAGAGGAUUUGGCAUGAAGUGACCAGUGGAAAGAGGUAGAUACAUGGAAAUAUAUGGGAUUAAACAUUUCUUGAUCAUUCCAUAGGAACCAGUACAUGCAAAAGCAUGGUUUCGAUCAUAUAUGAUGCUCUCUCUCUCUCUCUCUCUCUCUAGCUAAAAAUCUGUUGGUACGUUAAUCAGCUGAAAAAUUCAUUUAAAGUUAUCAGUAAUUACACACUUGUGUAGUGUGUUUUUCUGAGUGGUAACAUAGAUACCAGUAAGGCUACGUUCGCAUCUUGGAUUUUUGGGAGAAUUUAUCUUGAGAAAUAAAAAUGAUAGGAAAGCCUUUUUGGUAA